CUCGGGCGGCUGCAGGGCCUGGUCAGUGAGGGUAAGACGUGCGCACGAGGGUCUGCGAUCUUGGGUUUGAGGCCAUCGCCCGAGGGAUCCUACCUCCACCGAAUUGAGGCCAUCUUCGGUAUUACGGAUUGAGGCUAUCUUCGUCAUAGGCAAUAAAUGUUAAGUGGUUUGACUUUGGUGAAAGUCUAAAUUGGUUUGACCGGUGGUCAAAGAGUUCAUGAGAAACCCGUAACACCUAAAUGGUUUUGAGAAGAAAGAAAAUAAGUUGACUGUUGGUCAACCGUCUAAAGAACCGAAUGUAAAGUUGAAUUGAUUUUUAUUAAAAGGAUAAACUUAUGCACGAUCUUAAUUAUUGAAUUAUUAUGUUUAUUCUUGUGCUACAAUGGAGUACCACUCAGCGUCAAUGCUGAGCGGAUAGCGUUGUUUUCCUUUUUGCUGUCCGUAGGUGAACAGACAGAUGAACCUAGAGCCGAUCCCAGAGGGCAUUGAGGAGGAGAUUCUGGUCUCCACUCCGGAGGAUCGUUUGAAUGAGUUCGUCAAGAAGCUACGGCCGGACUUGAGGCCGUACGCCGCACUGAUCACGACGACAGAUUUUAAUGCGGCGUAUGAUUUGAUUGUGAAGACGGAAAAGAGCUUGGACGAUUUGCAGGCAACCAAGAAAGAGGAUCGAGCGACGAAAGACCCGCGACCCGCGGCCAGCACCGGGCCGAGCGGGAAGAGUUUUGGAUUCGGGGGAAAGAGGUACGAGAAGGGUUCUUCGAGUGCGCCGCCGCCUAAGAGGAGUAAGUCGAGGCCGUCUCCGUCGGCUGCCGCUAGCAACUCGAACAGAACGAGGAGCCACCCGCAAUGUGUACAUUGUGGUAGGCAUCACCCGGGCGAGUGUUGGCUCGCCCAAGGCUUAUGUUUGGGUUGUGGCCAGCCAGGGCAUUUCAGGAGGCAUUGCCCGACAAACCCUAGCAGCGAGCCUGUUUUACCUAGAGCUCCGGAUCAGCCAGCCGCAUCACAUCCAACACGAAGUCAGCAGUCUACGGCCGCAAAUAAUCAGCAGAGAGCACGUCCGCAGCAGUCAGGCCGGGCACCAGCCCGUACCUACGCCAUGCAUGGGCGAACAGAUCCUAGUCCCGAUGUUAUCUUGGGUACGUUCAUACUAUUUGAUUCGGUUAUGCAUGCCUUGAUCGAUCCGGGUUCUACGCUCUCCUAUAUCUGUGUUGGCGUGCCUGCUAAUUCUGCGAUUGUGAGGAGUGACCUUGAGAUACCUACCAUUGUAUCGAAUCCGCUAGGACAUAGCAUGCGUCUUCAUCACAUCUAUCAUAGGUGUCCGUUGUCCGCGCAAGGGAAGCAAUUCCCUGCAGAUUUGAUAGAGCUACCACACAAGGAGUUUGACAUUAUCCUUGGUAUGGAUUGGCUCACCGAGCAUAGAGCAGUGGUCGACUGCAGUUGUCGGACCGUACGGCUGAGAGCCGAGGACGGUAGCGACGUAUCACUCUCCGGGGAAGUGUUUCCCAAGACUCCCGAGUUCAUAUCGUCCUUGAGCGCGAGGCGCUUGAUUCGCAAGAAGUGCGAGAUGUUCCUGUGUCACGUUCAGGAUAUGCGAAAAGAAUCGCCACGUCAGCAGGACAUUCGUACGGUUUGCGACUUCCCUGAUGUCUUUCCCGAAGACCUACCUGGUUUGCCUCCGCCGAGAGAGGUAGAGUUCUCGAUCAAUAUCAUUCCGGGUAGACCCCAGCAAGAUUUCAGCCAUAGUGGAUUGGAAGACUCCGCGGAAUGUUCCGCCGGACGCCGCUGUUUCGCCCUCGCCGGAAACGAGCGCCGCCGAGUUGCAGCGUGGCUGUCUCUUUAAUGUGUUGAUUAUGCUUUAUUUAAUUAACUUUAAUGCUUAUUACGUUUUCGGGCAAGAUCCCAAGUUGUUUGACUUUAAAAAGGCUUCCGCAUUAUUUUAAAUUACUCCGAUGAAUUUUUAUAUGUAUUGAUAGAACAUUUGUUUAAAAUUGUUUUGAAAAUGUCGCAAAUUCGGAUACCAAUUCAGUGACACACCGGUCCGCUGUCUCACGGGUUUGGGUCAUGCGG